AUGGCACAGCAGGCACCAACAAUCGACCGGCUGCUUAAUCUGGUCCCGGACACUCCAGAUACCGUCACGAGCCAGCUUCAGUUGCAUCCACACCUUGCGUCGAAGCAGGAUGCUCACGGCUACAGUCUCCUGCACGCAGCGGCGUCGUACGGACAUGCCGCUCUACUGCGAACACUGGUCAACGAGUAUCAUGUGGACCCAAACAUCAAGGAUGAGGAUGGAGAGACCGCCUUGUUUAGUGUCGAGGAAGUUGACAUGGCCAAGGUGUUGAUCGAACUGGGGGCGGACAUGAAUAGCCGCAACCACGAGGGCCAGACUGCUGCGGAGAAACUUGCAGACGAAGAUGAGCAACCUGCAGUGGCUGCGUACCUCAGAGAAGCGGGAGGCGUCACGAACGAUGAUGCUCCAACCGCACCUUCGUCCUCGCUAGCGAACGGAGACUCAGACGGAAAUCAUCCCCCACCGCCUCUUCCAGCGGGUCUGCAGCUCAACGUGGGUACAAUGGCCGCCGGAGAUGUUGGGGAUGAACCAGACCCAGAGUUCAGACGACGCAUCGAAGAACUUGCUGCUCGAGGCGAUUUUGAUGGCGAGGAGGGCCAGAGAGCAUUGCGCGAGCUUGUUGUCGAAGCGCUGUCURGCGUCACAAGCGAAGGGCAAGCGCCGCCUGCCUCACGGAGACGCCUGGACUGA